ACAUCUGCUCUAUGAUUGGCCGGCUCGUGUGUCAGUCAGAGCGCAGAGCUGCUGCACAUGGAAGCGCUGGAGCCACGUUGACAUCACUGGUGUUUCUACAGCUUCUCCAACAACAAUCUCAAGUUCAAGUUCAGUCUCGGCGCAGGAUGAGUGUGGGCUUCAUUGGAGCGGGUCAGCUGGCUCAUGCCAUGGUCAAGGGCUUCACCGCAGCGGGUGUCAUUGCAGCAAACAGAAUCACAGCGAGUUCACCAGACACUGAACUGCCCACUGUCUCAGGCCUGCGGAAAAUGGGGGUGAAUUUGACCACAAGCAACAAAGAAGCGACGCACAGGAGCGACGUUCUGUUUCUGGCCGUGAAGCCGCACAUCAUCCCGUUUGUACUGGACGAGAUCGGCCCCGAUAUUGAAGACCGACACCUCAUCGUGUCCUGCGCUGCUGGAGUCACUAUCAGCUCCAUAGAGAAGAAGCUGCUGCAGUACCGUGAGUCUCCUAAAGUGAUGCGAUGCAUGACGAACACCCCGGUGGUGGUGCGCGAGGGGGCGACGGUGUACGCCACAGGCACACACGCACAUCUGGAGGACGGCAAACUGCUGGAGCAGCUGAUGGCCAGCGUGGGCUUCUGCACCGAGGUGGAGGAGGACCUGAUCGAUGCCGUCACUGGACUCAGCGGCAGCGGACCCGCAUAUGCAUUCACGGCUCUGGAUGCUCUUGCUGAUGGUGGGGUGAAGAUGGGUUUGCCGAGGAGGCUGGCUGUGCGUCUGGGGGCUCAGGCUCUAAUGGGAGCAGCGAAGAUGUUGUUGGACAGUGAGCAGCACCCGGGUCAGCUGAAGGAUAAUGUGUGUUCUCCAGGUGGAGCUACAAUACACGCGCUGCACUUCCUGGAGAGCGGAGGCUUCCGGAGCUUGCUGAUCAACGCUGUGGAGGCGUCCUGCAUACGCACAAGGGAGCUUCAGUCUCUGGCAGAUCAGGAGCAGAUCUCCGCCGCAGCCAUCAAGAAGACCACGCUGGAUAAAGUCCUGCAGCAGCCCGGCGUCACGCACAACAGUGUCGGCACCAGGAGCAGAGUAAACCUGUUCAACAACCGCAGCAAGAAGAGCUGAGACACUAACAUACGCACACACUCAUUUGCACAUUCACAUAUACAUAAACACACUCAAACACGCACUUAUUGAACAUACACUGGCACACUCAUAUGCACUUUCACUUACAUAUACACACACACACACUUAUAUAAACACAUACUCUCAUACACACACACACACACACACACACAGAUGCAUACUCAUACACACUUGUAUAAACACACUUGUAUGCAUAUACACAUAACCUACACACACAUACAUUCAAACACUCACAAACUCGUGUAUACACACACACACACACACACACACACUCUCUCAUAUACACGUUUAUAUACUAACCCACACAUGUGUGCACGCACACACGCAAAUGGACUCACUCAUAUAUACACACACACACACACACACACACACACACACACACACUGACUGACACAUACAUGCAAACAUUAUCUCCCACAGAGGAGAGCCGUCCACACCUAUCCCCCCACACCCCUCAAAACACACACACACACACACACACACACACACACACACACACACACACACACACAUAUCCAGUGGAACUCCUCCUGACUGCAGAUCUGCAGGAUCUUCUCUGAAGUGUCACAGGAAGUGAUGUCACAGAAUGAAAUGCUGAUUUCCUUUUUCUCUGGACGUGUAUGUGAUGGACAGUGAAGAUGUGCGUGUGUGCGUGCGUGUGUGUGUGUGUGUGUGUGUGUGUGUGUGUGUGUGUGUGUCAGAUCUGCACUUCUGUCUGUUACUUUAUAGGUUUGUUCUCUUCAAUGCUGGAUGACAAACAGCCAAAGUGUGUUUAUACAUUGUGUGUGUGUGUGUGUGUGUGUGUGUGUGUGUGUGUGUGUGUGUGUGCGUGUGAGAGAGCAUUUGUGAAUGAGUCAGAGAGUUUGUGUGUGAGUCUGAGAGUGAGUGUUUGUGAGAGAAUCUGUGUAUCUGAGUGUGUGUGUGUGUGUUGGAGAAAUGUGUAUCAGUGGUGUUUCUGCUUGCUGUUGUGUUUCUGUGAAUAAAGUGAGGGAAUGAAGCA